UGCGCAUUACGGACCGCGCUCUGAUAGGGUGAGGCUGUGGGGCUGAAUUUCCGGUCGAUCAAUAACACAGCUGUUUUUCUAAAGAAAACACCAGCUUUUCUGUCAAUCUCCGUCCGUCCUUCCAACCAUGUCAGCUUCGGGGUUCGUGCUGCUGGUGCUGGCUGCGUCUCUGUGUUCCGGAGACUCCAGGUUUAUUUUCGAUUCUUUGACUGGACAAAAACCUCUGACACAGGGUAUGUGUCCAGAAUGCAGUCGGAUCAUCCAGCUGUCCGCCAACAUGGUUUUCAGCAGAGACACCAAGGUGACUGUAUUUACAGCCUUGCAUGGUUUGUGCCGCCGCCUCCCUGAAGAACAGGCGUCAGAAUGUGAGUCACAGGUGAAAAUCCAUCUGCCAAAGAUCCUGCAGCACACAUCCAGUCAGUGGAAACCAGAGGAGAUCUGUGAGGUUUUUGGACUUUGCGCCACCCGCAAGGACAGAGAACUGCAGCUUCAUCAUGUCCCCAGUAAAGACACGUCCAGCUCUGCACUUGGCUCUGAAGUCAGUGAUGUAUUCAACCCAGUUUGCACCUUGUGUUUGAUGGUUAUCAAGAAGCUGGAGACAAUGUUGCCUAAAAAUAUGACUGAGGAAACUUUGAAGAAGCUCAUGGAAGAGGUCUGUGAUCUGAUACCGUCCAGCUAUAAGGACCAAUGUAACGAUUUUGUGGACAAAUAUGGAGCGGAGAUCGUUGAGUUCCUUUUAUCUUCGGCUGCACCACACACCAUCUGCUCUCUGUUGCACCUUUGCUUGUUUGAGACGCAGCCAGCUGCAGAAGUGGACCUGAUCUCUGACUGUGACUCCUGCCAAACGCUGGCUGCUCUGAGCCGUCUGCACCUGGGGCUGAACGCCACCGAGCCUCAGACGUCUGCUUUCCUCCAGUCUGUGUGUGCUCUCCACCCCAAAGCCAUCCCUAAGUGUGAUGCUUUCACCAGAAUCCAUGGGCCUCAGCUGCAGAAGAUUUUGGGAAACCAAAUGGACGUUCCUCAUGUUUGCGAAAAAGCUGGCCUGUGCAUUUCAUCGAAGAAGCUGGAGCCACUGGGAAGUAAUCCUUGUACUUGGGGACCAAACUACUGGUGCAAAAACAUAAACACUGCUCAGGAGUGUGGGAACCAGGUCUUCUGUGAGAAAUACAUGUGGAAGAAUUAGAACCUUGUGAGGUCCACAUCUGCAGACCUUGACCUUCUUUGAAAAGAUGUAAUGCACUGAAAAUGUUACGUAAAUGUAAUUCAACCACUUGUUCUGAUUUACUGAUUUUGAACCUAUCCAAUUCCCUUCUAGUCAAACAUACUGAGAAAUAUUUAUACUUGCACUGUGUGAAUUAUCAGUUUCUGCAUGUUUUGCUGUAUAUGAGGUUGUCUCUGCCAUUAUGAAUGUAAAAACAAAAUGGCAAUAUCUUUUCUGGUUGUCAGGAAGAAACGUUCAUGUUUUCUCAAACAAUUCAGAUGAGGGACUCCUUGUUAUCUCAUUUUUUUUUUGCUCUUCUGACGACUUUUCGAAAUGCAAAUGAUGCCAUACAAAUAAAACUCUAAAAAUGGGA